AAAAAUGUGAGGAGUAUAUAUAGAGGUAACCCGACACAUUCUCGUCAAACUGUCUCCAAAUCGUGAAACAUGAAAUUCGCUCUGUGUUUUGUAGCUGUUCUCGGAGCAGCUGUGGCCUUCCCUCAAGUUCCUCCACAGGAAAACAUCGACAUCGACUGGAGCAAAAUCGUAUCCAAAGACAUUUACAUCGAUGACAAUGGAGAAGUGAAACAUGAAAGCAGAGUUAUUGGAGGCACCGAAGCUGCCAGAAAUUCCAUCCCAUGGCAGGCAGGUCUCAUCAUUGACGGAAGCAGUUUCUGUGGUGGCUCACUGAUCUCCAGGAACUACGUCCUCACCGCAGCUCACUGCACAUCUGGGGCGAGGUCUAUCUUGGUAAUCUUGGGUGCCCACAACAUCCAACAAACCGAGUCCACCCAACAGCGCAUUAACAGUGGCAAAAUCAUCACUCACUCAGGCUACUCCGCCUCCACCAUCUCCAACGAUAUUGCCCUCAUCAAGUUGUCGACUCCAGCCACACUUAACUCCGCCGUUCAGACCGUUCCUCUUGCCAAGAGCGGCAGCGGUACCUGGGCCAACCAAGCUUCCGUCUUGUCUGGAUGGGGCAGAACCAGCGACUCAUCAUCCUCCAUCUCGUCGGUCCUCAUGAGGGUUGGCCUCACCACGAUCACCAACAGCGUGUGUCAAUCCACCUUCGGAUCGAGCGUCAGAAGCACCAACAUCUGCACAUCCGGAUCCGGACCAAAGGGUGGUUGCAACGGAGACUCUGGCGGUCCUUUGACCGUUAGCGGUACCCAAGUCGGUAUCGUGUCGUUUGGAUCCAGCACUUGUGCUUCAGGAAGGCCGACCGUGUUCACCAGAGUGUCCGAAUACCAAAGCUGGAUCGCCGCCAACUCUGAUGUCUCCUUCUAAACUGAUUGUUUAAUUAUUGUCGAGUUUAGAUUAUUUUAAUAAAACAAUGAAAAAUU